AUGUUAUUGAUUGAAAAGCGAAUAUGGAGCAUGAAAACGCAAAAAGUUAAUGGUAAAAGAACUGUCAGCCGUAACUGUCAAUCACUGUUGUCGAAAGAUAACAAAAAUAUCAAGCUUUUAGUGGAAUUGCACCGAGUGUCUAAUUAUUUAUUCACGGUAAUGUAUAUUUAUUUUUCAAGUUGUCAAAAAAAGAAAGAAACAAGGAUUUUACUUGAUCCAUUAGUAUUAAUUAAAAUAAGCUCUUUUAUAUUCGUUUAUUGAGAAACCUAAAUAAAUUGGGAAAAAAAUAUCACGGCACGAUUGUUUAAAAAUAAUUAAUUAUUAAAAUAAUAAAUUAUCAGAUAACAUGGAAAUUGUAAAAAGUUAUUAUAUGAUAACAAAAGUGAAUAGUACAUUGCAGCGUACUUCCAAUUCGUUGUUAAUUUAACUUUGUUAUUGCUGCAUGCAUUUCCACCAAUAUUAUUCAUGAUUUUAUACUUUUCUUUUCUUUUUAUCACUAUACUUUUUAUAAAGGUAACACUUCGGGUGGCAUGAUUCUACAUUAAUGCAUUGCUCAGUCACCGACAAUAAGUGGCAUGUCAGCGAACGUAAUGGCUAUUAUAUCCUAUUAAUAGGCCAUUACAUAGGCACACUUGGAUUUCAUGAAUGUGAUUAAUGGAGAGAAAUGAACGCUAAGCUAACCGAACAUCGAUCCUUGCAUAUAAUGUUCAUGUUGUCGCGUUAACAAAUGCCCGUUAUUUAUUGUGCUCCGUAAAUAGUUAACUGUCAUAUUUAGGUCAUUUGCAUUAGUACGUCCUACAAAUUUCAUCUCAUAUUUCAUUGCGACCACUCAUAGAAUGGCAUAUAACGACAAAGGACUGUUUAAAAAUAAUUUGCUGCUAAUCAAAAACGGAGACGUAUAUGUUUCUUUCUCAGUUUUACAUCCCCGUUCAAUUCCCUUUCACUCUAUAUUCGUUCUAUAUUCGAAUUAACAUUCAAAUACUUCUCGUACCUUUUUCAAUUGUUUGUCAAAAUAGAAUGAUCGCGAUUUUUGACAUUUUUUACUUGUAAGUACGCGUAAAACUCGUUGGUGCCGAUUUCAAUUUUAUUUUAUCGUCGCAGAUCCGAAAGAAUAGCAUAGCAACUAAGGAGGUGCCAAUUCUUCGGUUAAGUGCGUUGCGAGUCUCAAAAAUAGCCACUCGGUCCUUCUGAUGUAUGACAGUUGUAUAACUGUAUAUAGAAAAGAAGGUAUAACCACGCAAAAGAAGAAGAAGAAAAAAAACAAGUUGCAACAAUAUUAGGAAUUUUUUUAAUCAAAUUAUUUCAGGUUUAUUUCUAUCAAUACAUUAUUGGCCAAAUAUUGAUUAA